AAGCCCAAAUGACUGCCGACAUCUGUUGAGAGUUUUAAGGUGGAGGGUGCAGAAGAGAGCUCGAGAGGCUGGCCGCCAACUGGAGGCCCAGCAGGGGUGGGCCACCCUGGUCCCCCAAGGGUCACUGAAGUCAAGGAUCCACCCAGCCUCUCAGGAUGGAGCCCGGGCCCUGGCUAGGACCCAGCUGGCUCCCGGCCACGGGAGUGAGAGAAUCUGGGGGCUGUUGAGGUAGGCUUGGCUGCACAACCAACAAGAGGGCCUCCCUCCUACACCCUGGAGCUUACGAAUCACCAGGCCUUUGGGGGAGUGCCAAUGUCAUCAUGACACAGCAAGAAUCUUAUCUGCCUGAGGGGGAAGGCAGCCCAGAGACUUUCGGAGGAGAGGGAGGGCCUGGGGCUGCCAGGUCAGCCCUUCACCGGCCUGUCAUCAGGAUGGGACCUGAGCACCUAUCAAGCCCACGGCCCUUGUGGCCCAGGUGGGGAGACUGAAGCCCAGAGAGACCCUGACUUGUUGGAUGAGCAGGCCCCCCUGGAAGAGUCAGCUGUGUGAGAUGGUACAGCCUAGUGGCGGCCCGGCAGGGGACCAGGACGUGCUGGGUGAAGAGUCUUCUCUGGGGAAGCCGGCCAUGCUCCACCUGCCUUCGGAGCAGGGAACUCCUGAGACCUUCCAGCGUUGUCUGGAGGAGAAUCAAGAGCUCCGAGAUGCCAUCCGGCAGAGCAACCAGAUGCUGCGGGAGCGCUGUGAGGAGCUGCAGCAUUUCCAGAGCAGCCAGAGGGAGGAGAAGGAGUUCCUCAUGCAGAAAUUCCAGGAGGCCAGAAAACUGGUGGAGAGACUGAGCCUGGAGAAGCUUGACCUGAGGAGGCAGCGGGAACAGGCCCUGAAGGAGGUGGAACACCUGAAGAGAUGCCAGCAGCAGAUGGCCGAGGAUAAGGCCUCAGUGAAAGCCCAGGUGACGUCCUUGCUGGGGGAGCUCCAGGAGAGCCAGAGUCGCUUGGAGGCCGCCACUAAGGAGCGGCAGGCUCUGGAGGGCAGGGCCCGGGCGGCCAGUGAGCAGGCCCGGCAGCUGGAGAGUGAGCGGGAGGCGCUGCAGCAGCAGCACAACGUGCAGGUGGACCAGCUGCGCAUGCAGACCCAGAGCAUGGAGGCUGCCCUGCGCAUGGAGCGCCAGGCUGCCUCGGAGGAGAAGCGGAAGCUGGCCCAGCUACAGGUAGCCUAUCACCAGCUCUUCCAAGAGUAUGACAACCACAUCAAGAGCAGCAUGGUGAGCAGUGAGCGGAACCGAGGAAUGCAGCUGGAAGAUCUUAAGCAGCAGCUCCAGCAGGCCGAGGAGGCCCUGGUGGCCAAACAGGAAGCGAUUGACAAGCUCAAGGAAGAGGCCGAGCAGCAUAAGAUUGUGAUGGAGACCGUUCCGGUGCUGAAGGCCCAGGCGGAUAUCUACAAGGCGGACUUCCAGGCGGAAAGGCAGGCCCGGGAGAAGCUGGCUGAGAAAAAGGAGUGUCUGCAGGAGCAGCUGGAGCAGCUGCAGAGGGAGUACAGCCGGUUGAAGGCCAGCUGUCAGGAGUCAGCCAGGAUCGAAGAUAUGAGGAAGCGGCAUGUAGAGGUCUCCCAGCCCCCCUUACCCCCCACCCCAGCUCACCACUCCAUUCACUCGGCCCUGCCCAGCCAGAGGAGAAGUCCCCCCGAGGAGCCACCCGACUUCUGUUGCCCCAAGUGCCAGUACCAGGCUCCUGACAUGGACACCCUGCAGAUACACGUCAUGGAGUGCAUCGAGUAGGGCUGCCUGUUGAUCACCAGCCUGGGACAGUGUCAUCUGUGCUUUCCUCUCCUGCCCGCCAAGUCCUGAAUGAUGGGCUAAGUGACAAAGAACCGGCCACUUCUUUGAGCCCCGAGAGCUAGCCGCUGGGCCUUACGCUUCAGCUCCCCCAUCUGCUGGUUCACCUCUUUUAGGGUACACAGAGCCCCAGCUAGGCCUGACUCUGCCCUUUUUUUUUUUGUUCUGUCUGCUUGAACCGCUUGCCCCUCGGGCUCCCUGUUCUUCCACCUCCACUGGGGAAGUCGAGAAUCAAGGUCGGGGCUCUUGGAGAGGACUGCCUCCCCAGCGAGAUGGGUGGGAGCCCCUCCUCCCUGCUGGGUUGCUGCUGCUCUCACGGGCUGCCUGGUGUUCCACAUGGGGCUGCACCACCGUGGAUUGAACCAGUCGGCUGCUGAUGGACAUGUAGGUUGUUGCCAAUCUUUUUACUGUCAUAAAUAACGCUGCACUGAAAAUCCUCGUGCAUCCGUCAUGUGUAUCUUUGGGUCAAGUUCUUAGAGACGGCACCGUAGAGCAUCAGCCAACGGAGUAGAUGGUGCCGGGCCUGCCUGCCCCCGAAGUGUGGUUUCCCGCCGCCCUUGCUCCCCAUAGCCUUGCUAUCCACCAGGGCUGUGGUUCUCUGUUAAGAGUGAGCUUGAGCAUCUUUUCAGAGCUUGAAGGGGCCUUUCAUUUCUUCUGGUGUGAAUAGCUUGUUUGUGUUUUUUGCCCAUUUUUCUAUUGGGCUGUUAGUCUUUUGUUCCCUGGUUUGUAGGAGCUCUUUGGUCAUUAGUGGGAUCCGCUCUUGGGUGUGAGGAAGUUGCAGUGAUCUUUUCCUGCUCGCCUUUGGGCUGGGUUUCUGGGACUCGGUUUGUUACCUUUGCGCCAUCACGUUUAUCCACCUUUGGGAUAAAGGGCUUUGGGGUUGGAGUUGUUGAGGCCGCCCUGUGGUCUGAGGGAGGACUGCUUCCUGCAUACACGCUUUUCCGUUCCUCUUCCUAACACUGCGAGAGCACGGCCGCCCAAUGUGAGUGGUGGUGGCCGUCUUUCAUCACAUUCCAGAAGUUUGUGACGUCCUAGCCUUGCGUUCGAACAGGAGCCACUUGGCAACGAUUGGCAGAUUACAAACACCAGAGAACUCUUCCUUGUUGUUGUGCAAGAUGCUGAGUAUUUCCUAGGAUUGCAGAGCCAUGGGCAUUCACCCUGCAACUGUAGUAAAGAGAGGACGUUGAAAGUGGAGGGAGAAUGGGACGACGGCCCAUCGUUUGCUCCUUGGUGCCCUGGCCCUCGCCCUGCCCUCCUCCCAGCUUCCCAGGUCAGGAAUGGGGUAUUGCGGAUCUGGCCCUGCGUCUUCUCGUGGGGCUUCCUGGUACUUGGCAAUGAGAGAGCUGAGCAGAAUUAGGAUGGAAGUCUAGUAUUGAGACUGAAAACAAGCCUGGGCCGGGGCUGUCUUGGCAUCUGGAGGGUGGGAGCAACUUGUCCAUUUCCUGAAGCCCGGGUGUCUAAUUGCAGAUUGUGCUUCAGAAAAAUGUUAAAGGCACAGACAGGUUCUCUGCUCGUGGGUGCCACAUUUCUAUCCCAAUCCUAUAAUUUUUCUACAAGAGCACUUUUAGUUUUUUGGGGGUGUAUUAGUUUCCCAUGGCUCCUGUAACAAAUUACCAUAAACUUGGUGGCUUAAAUCAGCAGGAAUUCAUUCUUUUACGGUUCUGGAGGCCAGAAGUCUGAAAUCAGGGUGUGGGCAGGGUUGAUUCUUUCUGGAGGCUGUGAGGGGGAGUCUGGUCCGGGCCUCUCUCCCAGCUUCCGGUGGUUGUCCUUGGUGCUCCUCAGCUGGUGGACACAUCACUCCAGUCUUUGCCUCCAUGGUUACGUGGCCUCUUCAUCUGACUGUGUCUUCUCUUCUGUCUCUUACAGGGACACCAGUCAUCGGGUUUAGGGCUCACCUAUAUCAUCCAAGAUGAUCUCAUCUUGAGAUUUUUACCUUCAUUACAUCCACAAAAACCCUUUUUCCAAAUAAGGUCAUAAUCACAAGUCCUGGGGGUUAGAACGUGUGCAUAUCUUUUGGGGCUACCAUUUAACCCAGCACCAGGGCCUCUUCUGGAGCCCACAGAUUAGGACAAAUGCAGUCAAAGGCAGGUGUCUUCAGGACGUGCAGCUCUGUUCAAGGGGUUGUUCCCCGGGGUGAUGGUGGCCGCUGGGAAGCUGGAGUUCGGUGUGGGACAGGCCCUUGCAGGCGUGCAGACUCUUGUUCUUUAGGCUGGACGCUGCUGCCAGGGCCAGUGGGUGUGGGCAGGAGAAGGGGGUAUAGUGCAGUAGGACGGAGCCAUUGGACCACCUGCACCCUGGGUAGCGGCUACUGGCUGCCUGGGGAUGGGCUUCAUGCUUCUAAGAGGGUGAACGAAGGCAUAUCUCUGACCAACUCCCUCUUCUGAAAGGGGGUUGAAAGAAAAAAGGUGAGAUGCAGGAGCAGUGAGAGAGCGGACGUUCUCUUCCUGGAGAACUUUCCUCAGGCUCUGGCAGUGGCACCAGGUGGGCUGCACAGCCCCAGCAGCUGGGAGCUUUACAGAUGCUCCCGCCUGGGCCCUAGACUAGCUGAGUCAGGGUCUGGGUGUGGAACCGGGCAUUGUCGGGCAACCGCUGCUCUUUUGAAUCUCCCCUUUCUGAAGGCUGGGCGUCCUUGCUACCUGCCUCCUUCCUUCUUGUCGCACUCUCUAGGGCUGGUUCUGCAGAAGACCCCAAGGAUUUUAAAUCAGGCCAUUCACCCGGAUGUGAGGGAUUCCGCUUUCUUCCUUUCUGGCUUUAGUUAGGUUGAGCUUCUGAAACAAGUGGUUGGAUUCUUCCCAUGAGGGAAGCAGCCUGCCUGCCUUAUUAGCUGUGACCCCUUGAUCUUCACAGCCCUGGGUUUGAGUGGUAGAGACAGACAGCUAGAAGCAUAUCCCCCUGAAACCUGUGUCAUUCCCAUUGCUUACACGUGUGCCCCCUCUGCUACCUGCUGGUCAAUGCUUAAGAGAAAUCUAGAUGAGCAAUAAAAUAAGCACAGUAAGAAUGCAUUUCUCUCUCAUUAGUAGCUAAAACAAUACGGAUUCAAACUAAACAAAAAGUGAUGUCAAAAUAGCAACAAAUGAAGACUUCUGGUGCCCUGCUGGCAAGGUGCAGGGGACAGGCCUGUGACAUUGCCCCUUCCUGGGGGCUGGUUUGCCGGGCUGGAACAAGCACUUGGGAAGUGUCCUCAGCCUGCUGCACCAUCACUUGUAGCCAUCAAAGAUCAUGAUGAAAUAAGAGGCUGGACUUCUGGACCAUGUGGGCCUGCUCAGCCAGUAUUGUGAACAUCUGUCACAUGGAACACACUCUGUAGCAUGUUGGUGUGAAAAAGCCAGUAGACAAAAUUAUGUACAAAGUGUGACGCCCAGUGAAAAAGUCAAAGCUGCAGGUGCACAUCCUGCUACCAUUUGGAUGAAUGUGGGUGAUUAAAAGUGUUGCUUAUGUA